GGCAUCACUGUCGAAAAACGCCGCGUCGAUACGAUCCUAGAUUGGCCUGAACCGCGAACAAUAAACGAGCUGCAAACAUUCCUAGGAUUCGCCAACUUCUACCGACGAUUCAUAUACAAGUUCUCGAUAAUAACGGCACCCCUGACUGAGUUGCUAAAAGGAUACGAAACAAAAAAGGGGAAGAACAACGCACCUGUCCAACUGAACGAGAACUGCAAGCGCGCAAUACUGCAGUUAAAAGAAUGCUUUACAAAAGCACCGUUGUUAGUUCAUUUUGAUCCGCAGCGAAAACUCCGUAUAGAAACGGACGGAUCUGGCGUUGCAAUCGCCGCAGUAAUAUCGCAAUUAAUGGAUGAUGGUCACUGGCACCCGAUCGCGUUUUGGUCCAGAAAACUCACAGAAGCAGAAAGACGUUAUCAAACAUAUGAUUUAGAAAUGUUGCCGAUUGUAGAAGCUUUCAGGCAAUGGCGCCACUACCUACAUGGUAGCAGGCACCCAAUAGUUGUUUUAUCUGACCAUGCCAACCUCCGGCGCUUCAUGACGACGAAGCAGCUAAAUGGGCGUCAGAUUCGUUGGAUGCAAAUGCUCUCAGCGUUCGAUUUUGAAAUUGAGCACCAUCCUGGGGAAAAUAAUCCCGCAGAUGCACCAAGUCGUCACUCAGAUUAUAUAAAACACGCAGCUCCCUUGACGGGGCUCCCUACCCUGCAAGAGAAGCUGCGUAAGGGGAUCUUUAAGUCACUAAAGACAAAAGAAAACACAAAGUUAGACCAAUGUGUCAAGAUGGAUAAAGAACGCACCCUGCAGAUGAGAACGAAGUCGCCGGCGUUACGGGGUUUAGACCUAUGGACCCUGGUGCCACGGAUUCUAGCCGUUAAG